AUAAAAGUGAGGAAUGAUAGCACAAGAUUCACUGCAGGGACUGAGAGAGAGAGAAAACCAGACCCAGAACCACCUCUGAUCAACAUCCAGAGACUUCUGUACGAAAAAGAUGCUGUGUGAAGGAAAGCUCUGGAGUCUGGCUUUUGAAGCUGAAGCCGAGUGUGUAAAUCCUCCUUCAUGCACCACAGUCACAGAGCCUUCCUCAACUUCACCAAAUAAUCCCCUCUCAGCACAAAUCCCCGUCCACUCAGCUCCAGAGACCCAUUCUAAUAUAACCCAGAUGAAAACCCAGAGCUACCCUCACCCUUCCUCUAUGGCAGGACAUGGUGUGGAUAUCCCCAGGCAUGCGGACACCCCAGAAACGGAGGCAUUUCUGGUGCCUUCGAGCUGCCACAGCAUCUGCCAGCAUUACAGCGAUUUACACAUAGCAGGCGGUCAGGUGCUGCCACUCAGCCCCCAUGCAGGUGACAUACACGGCCACCACAGCCAGGAACCUCAGCCUGGACCCUUCCUUGUGUCUGAAGACGUUCCCUCACCCUCCCUCUUACCUCCUCUGGUCCACGAGUACAGGAGCUCAAGGCGCUGGAAGGAAGAAAGCGGGCGCGAGCGUCCCUCUCUCCUGCAGUUUAGCCGGCCGCUCUCCAACUCUCAGCUUAACGGCUAUCUUGAGCAGAAGCUUCUGGAGCUGUACAGACAGUACCUGACUGAGGGACCAGCUGUUAGCAAGCCUGUCAUGGCCUCUGAGCUUCUGCAGACCAGCCUGGACCAAAUGACCCUCCAGCUGAGCCGAGAGCAGAACAUGGAGACAGCAAGGGCCAAAGACAUGCUGCUCAGCUGCCUGCUCAGAGUCACCAGCACAUACCAGUCCAGCGAGAUCAGCACCCCUCUACUGCAGAUCUCCACUGAGACUCAAUGAGCUGGACAGAUAAAAGAAGAAGACUGACUGUGAGACGUUGUGUUCUGCAAAUUUUAAAAAUAAGUGCUAUUAUUAUUAUUAUUAUAAACAUGAUAUAC